CACAACUGCAAACUUUUCUGGAACGCACUGGGCGCCGUGUAAUCCUUGAACGUGUUGUCAGGUUCCUCGUGCUAGAAUCGUCGAGUUAAGGCUAGUAUGGUUGGAAAUCGUCAGGGAAAUCUUAGGCAGAUUCCCGAAUAGAUUCACACCAUCGAGGCUAGUAUGUUUUUUUAUCAUCCAGUGUUUCCGUUUCGCUCCAGCUCCACUUGACUGAUAUUCAACACUUGUACUUCUUCUUUCUUUUGCCUGCAAUGUCUGGCACAUCAUAUCUCACGCUUACAAAGUUGUUUUUGUUUUAUGUAUGACAAGCUCUUGCAGUUCGUUGUACAACUAUCUAGAGUAAGCAGACAAUUUAUUACACCAACCAAGACCUGCGACAUCUAAGUAGAAAAUGAUGUUGCAUCCACUGCAUUGCUUCUGGAAAACGAACACUUUCCCGAAUUCCGACAGAAAACGUUGGCUUUUCUCAGAGGACUUUUGCAGACCCUGGAAACGGGUUUGUUCGAGCAUUUCUAUUUUGCCGCAUUUGCAUAUCACCUGUACCUCGAGCCUCCGCGGGAUAUCUUUAACCAACUUUUUAGGCCGCAAGCAAGAAUACCAUUGCCGAUCUCAUUCUGGGCUUUUCUGAAAGAAGCUGUCCUAAAUGACAACUGCGUGUCGCCUGGUGAAAAAUACCGAAAACAAGCAGAAGAGAACUACAAUUAAGACGCGACUACAGACCAAUGAACUACAAUUUCCGAGGUAGCAGGUACACGACUACAGACUAAUGAGCUAAGUACAGUUUGUUCCUAGGUGGUAGGCAGCGCGACACUGUAUGAAGAUUAAGGCGGGUAGUACAGCUACAGGCAGGAUGCUACCUAGGUAGUGCUGUACCUUUUUGUCUAGUGUUUUUAUCUCAGAAAGGCACACCAGAGUUUGUUACAACAAUUCUUGCAAUAGAAAAAUACGACAUGAUCUACUACCAAGACAAGCUUGUCUCAAAGAAUGCUCUGCUCUCUAAUGGAGCGUUGCAAAGAACGCUUUGCUUUCUUGGGAACCUUCGUACGACGAUGAGAGUGACAAAAUCAAAUGGACAGCGUCUGCAAAAGAACCUGAAAAACAAAACUGCAAAGAAACGGUGGACUCUGUAGGCAUAGAUAUGGAUGAUGUUUAUUCUAUCCUUACGGCCAUCGACGAGGCUGCCUCUUGUUUCCCCUUCAAACUGUAUAGGUGGAGGGGCGCGGCGAUGGCCUGGCUAGAUGGAAAACGCAUCAUCCAUAAUAGAGCGACUACCGUCAACAGGAACGGGAAUGGCAACAGAACCAGCCCAUCAUCAGUUAGCACCAGCUACUGAGAACAAAAAAGUAGACGCCAAGAAGAGGAACGAUGUCAAUGCUGGCGCACGAAAACUUAGCCAACAAACAUUACGGGCUGCAUCAUGCAUCGAGUUGACCUCUCACGUAUGAGCAUAGAUCUAUGGCCUCCUUUUCAAGUAGGAAAGCCAUGGAUCUGGGAGAAUAAUCCGUCAACUUUCAACCCCUAAAGAGAGGUGUGCCAGUAAAAUUCAACAUCGCGGUUGGCACACUCGGUGGAGAUGGAGGGCAAGCGGUUGUAGAUUGUUCUGCGGUACUCCAGAAUAAGCAGGAUGAAGCGUCGAAACAACAAGAACAAGAACACCAAUUAUACGUAAGGCUGCCGCGGAAGCGUGUCUCCUUAGUUUCAAGAUGAUCCUUGUUGUAGGCUCUUUUUUUUCUACUCGAUGAAAACCGAAAAUAACCGAGUUACUGACUGAAAUAAGGGAGGUACUAGCUUUGACAGGGCUACUCUUCCUUGUUCAGUAAUAUGUCGCUUAAUAUUUUCAGUAUUGACUCGCUUAUUUCAGUUUUUCGAACUCGAAAAACAAAGAAACGCCCAAGGAUCAUGCUCGUCUCCACGAAGAUGCGAACGCGAGGAUAGUUCUAAAAUGUGACGUGUACGAAGCACGUGUACUGCUGAACCGUUUGAGAUCAGAAGCAGCGUUUUCUCUCAGCGGGAGACGAGGGCUGUCGAAGUCUGUUGACAUUGUAUCGUUGGAAAUUGAUGAGACCGCGGUACUCGACAAGAACUUGUCGAGUAAUAUACGACAACCUUGUUCCCAAGCAGUUCAACAACUUAUUCGUGUUCAUCUGGACUACCAGGAGUGUGAUACUCCGUAUUAUGCGAACACAAGGGGAAGGAGCGAUGAAGAGGAUCGAAAUUUAAGGGCCAUGCUUCCUCUACACGUACUUCGUCAGCAGGCAUAUUCAAUGCUGAACAUCACUCACUCUAUCUGUGAAGACUCUACGAACACUAAAAGUGUUAAACACUGAACAACAAUCACUGUAUCUCUUCUAAUUAUGCUACGCGCAGUAAUAUGGGAACUACAACGCGAGGGUGGGGUUGGACAGUCUCCGGAAGUGAAUCCGACGAAGGUAGUAGACGUUACAGAGCUUCUCAAUCUCACCAAAGCCGAAAAAGAACAGGAGCGAUCAAAAGCCUUAGGGAUUGCAGGAUUUUUUCAUCUAGUACUGCAUAUCCACUGAUAGUUUGGUGAGAUUAUGAAAUAUCUUCAUCUUAAUUGAAAUUUUGACAUUGUUGUGCUUUUAGCUCAGGGUGAGAAGACAUUUUACUUAGAAAUAAUCAAGGGAAUCAUGGGUUGCACCACAAGAACAAGUUACUACUUUUAGUCAUAUUCUCAUCAAGUCAUAUUGAAAUCCAUCAUAGCCAUGAUGUACCGUAUAAUAGAGUCUCAUGAUCAAGUGAGAAUGAGGCAUAUUAACCAUGUACCGCUAAACAAUGCAAGCAAGACCUACCUGGUUGCAACAAUCACUGUUCUCAAGUCUGAAAAGAAGGCCAAAGAGUCGCCUGGGCAACACCAAGACCAAACAGCACACCCUCAGCCACCACGACAUCAGAACAUGGAAAUCGACCUUAGUGCCCAGGUAUUUCUCAAAAGCUCGUUGCAACGGGCACAGUACUACGGUCGUGUGGACGUUAUGGUUGGAGCGACCAUUUGUCUGGGUCUCGCAGAGGAGUGGGGCCCUCCACAUGAGCAGCCGGUUUCUCUGCGUCUUUGUUCUGAUGGUAUGGGAGAGGCUUAUAAAAAGCUUCAAGAGGAGGAAGCGGUCAGCACUUCUGAAGAUGAUCUGGAGGAGCAGCGCACCUCCCAAAAGCAAGAGAUCUUGCAGAUAUUAGAAGAUGCUUGCGAAGUGGGAAGUACAUGCAUGACAACGGACGCAAGUGGGAGAGUUUUUUGCGCAAUCAGAAGCCAGCUCCUACAGCAAGGAGGCAGGGGAACGAGAAUAGCCAAUCUGAAUAUGCUUGCUUCAGAGAGAACAUCUGCGAAUUCCUCCGCUUCGGCUUCCUUCAGCUCUGGACAUGAAGAACCUCUCAUAUUAGUCCCCGACCAAGCUUUUCCGUACAUUACGGCAUCCAAGGGACCAUCCCCAGCAUGAUCAUCUUUGGCGAUUUUGAUUUCCUUAAGGGGGAAGUUGAAGGAGCCAGUGAUCAUGUGACGAAGGAUGCGACUCCUGCGGCAGCUCUAAGUAUCAGGGGAAUAAUACAGAAAGGUGCGUGGUCAUACGAGUAGACGCCAUCGUCACAACAACUAGUGGUCGUGAGUGUGCAUGCAUAAUAGAGUUCCUUAUUUUCAUAACAAGAAGUGGAGAGCUCUGGUAGUGUUGAAAAGAAGAAAUGGAUAAAAACUGAAACCUAUUGAAGAUACUCGCUUCGCGAUAGCAUCAAGAAGCUGAUAGUAGACAUUCAUCUUCAUGCCUUUAGCAAGUUCUGGGGGCAACUCAUCUCACGGAUGCCAGUCAUUUUCAACAUAAGCUGAAAUAUCCCUCACGCUCUUGUCACGUUGAUGUCACGAUGCUGGUGAUUAGCAGGUCAACAUAAAUAAUAGUUCUUGCUACUCUCUCAACAUACUCGGACUCGGAGAGUCCAGGACUCAACUUCUUGAGUCGGUCUGCCGCAAGUUUGACUUGAGAAAGUACUUUGAUAAUGAAAAGAGCGUGGGCGUAGCUGCAGAGAAUAAAACGGCAAGGAAUAGAAAGCAAAAGUUUAUUAUGAGAAUUCAAAUUAUCAACUUGUUCUCAGAAUCUAGGUAAGGGUAUGCGUGCGUGACUGUGAGUGAUGUGAUUGUGACGUGAUUGUGAUUUUUUCGCAUAGAGCACCUUAGCAAGUGCACCACCCCCAGCUAAGAUCAUAGUUAUAACACACUCAGUCCCCGUUGCAGGGCUUCGUUCCCCUGUUGGAGGCGAGUGGAAGUAAUUGCGGGUCCUUUAUAUGUUAUCUAAGUAUAAUCUUAGUUGUGUCAAGUCAUUAUUAUAAGGACCUCCUUUGUAAGGUCAGUGUUUAGGGAGCAGUAUCCCUAUCCCCUGCAUUCGUUCAAGAAACUCCUUUUGGGGUCAGCUCGAAAACUUAUCGAGCCAAAAGACUUAGGUGCUUUG